CCACUUUGUUCUGAAGGCUGGAUUGAACGUUAUCCCCUCGUUAGUAGCUCCUUGAAUGCUGUAUCCAUAGCUCUGCAUUUUCGGUCUUUCUCAUAUCUGAUCUUGGUGUGAUGUGGAACAGAACCUAACUCUUUGGGGAGCUCAUAUUGUUUUUGAUUGAAGAAUGGCACAGCAUCUCAAGUUGAGAGUCAUUGUGGACGACGAUGACUAUAGAAGACUUGAUCUCCAUUCAGGAAUGCCAAAAACUUUGACAGAGUUACACGAUACAAUUUGCCAAGAAUUUGGAAUUGAAACAGACUUUCGUAUUCAGUUCAUGGAUCCUGACUUCAAUAAUGAAUUCAUGAACAUUACAUCAGUACAAGACAUACAGGACAGAAGUACAAUCAAGUUGGUGUACAUGGCUACCCUAACACUAACCCCCAUAAAUGAUGUGGGUUUGAGUCCAUCUUCUUUAAUGCAGAAUGCUCCUAGCACUUCUGGAUCAUCUGGACCACCAGUGAGCAGCCAAACAUCUCCCAUUGUUUCCUCAUCGGCCUCAUUGUCCUCAACAGACUCGGAUAACACAAUCAUUCUGCCACAUUCAGACAAUGAAUUGAGAGCAUGUGCAUGGCCACGUGAAUUCCCCAUUCCUCGCUUUCCAUACAAUGUAGAGGUGCAGCUUCAACGUGGAAAUGAGCGCUUCAGAGAAACUGGCACUCAACUGAAGAUUACUCCGGGGUUGAAGUCUGACAUCUUAGAGAAGCUAGCCGAGGAGAUCUUCCAGUAUACAGCAUAUCCACAAAAUUACCAAAUAGAUGAGGUAGCAGGGGCACUCAUCAAAAAAUUUCCCUGUUUGAAGGAACCAUCUGCCACUGGUUACUAUGGCUGGAUGAUUAGCCUAAAAUAUAAAAUGGCUAAUUACAGGACGAAGAUGCGAAACAUUGGCUGUCCAGAAGUGACUGUAAAUGCUUUGAAAAACAAACGUAGUGAUGAAAGCCUCCCAGCCAAAAAUGUAAAGAAGCCUAAAAAGGCUGAAGUCAACUUUUUUCCUUCACACCCUGCUGGCGAAUCGGAUGAAAGCUUAGAAAAUGUCAGACUUGAACUGUUGAACGAUGUCAAACAAAGAAACAGUGCACUGUGUAUAAAACAGAAGAUGUCAAAAACAUUCUCCUACAGAAGAAAAGAGGUGGUGCAGGAAAAUCCAUCUGCCGGAGAGUUUAAAGCCAGGUGGCCUGCACUUUUUCAUAUUGAUGAGAUAAAUGCUGAAUUCCAGCGCAUAACAACAAUCCCACUUGAAACAACCUUCAUGGCGCAGUUGGACAGCCAUUUACCCCAGCUGACAUCGGUUUUCCAGAAGAAGGGAGGUGUUUCUGGCCAGAAACUAGCCCCACAUCUGGCGAUCUUGCAAGAGGCAACGAGUGAUGUCAAUCUUAAAAGGGCAGCAGUCCUAAAGGCACUUUGCAUCUACCUUGGCGAGGAUGUUGGACAUCUCAUUCAGGAGUAUAAGGACAUUGAAGGAGAUGACAUCCAGAGAGACCUGCAGAAAUCCACCAUGGGCAUAUAUGUCAUCAACAAGGAGGGUGGAGAAAUUGGAGCUCAUGAUGACAUUGGCAUUUAUGUUGAAGGAGUAAUCAUUCUGGACAACAUUGGAUCUGUAGCCCAAGCAUGUGCAAUGAUGCUGGGAGUCAUGUAUGUACUGAACAUGGCUUACCCCAAAGAGCUGAAAUACUCCUAUGAAUUCAUUCAGAAAGUGCUCUUGCAAAUGGAUGGUGAAAGGCUUUCCCCCAAAGUCCUUGGACUAAAGAACAAAAUCAUUGCUGGACUGUAGGAUUUCUUCAGCCGCUCUUGUGAACACUGCUAAGGCGUUACGGUGUUUCAAACUGAAAAACAGAGUGAAUGGUGGACUGUAAUAUUCACACAGCCACUGGUGUGAACAUUUAAAACUGUACAAUGGAUUUUGUGGAAUAUUCACCUGAAAUAAAAAUUGCAAUCCUGGAAAUAAGAGCACAAAAUUCAUCCAUCCACUACCGCCAUAUGAAUAUU